AAAAUGUCGUUUUUAGCGUUACGUAAUAAAUGGAUGCUGCCUAAUGCAAAUUUGCCUGCCUUCCUUGGGCAGAGGUCUCAGUUAAUAACUGUGGAAGUGCUCAUCCCUGUGGAGCCGGAGGGGUCAUAUAUGACCCCAACAUAGAAACGGCUGUUCAAAUUCAUCCAUUCGAUAAAACAGAAUGCUGUCUUCGGCAAAGUUGUUGCAAAUUGAGUCCUCUAUUAGGGAAAAAUGGGAAUAUUAGUAUUUAGGACUACAUUGAUAACCUAGAACAUCCUGAACACCAUGAAAUUUGGAAAAACGAAAUAAUUGACAUACCAGUUGUGCUAAAAGCUGAACUUGGAUGCGAGUUACGUUUAUAUGAAUUCAUAUUGCCUUCGUCAAGAAUAUCAAAAGGUAUUUUAUAUUCUGGGAUGUUCUAGGUGUUCCAAACUGUCCUGUAGUAAAGUCCUUGAAAUCUACAAGAAUAAUUUUAUGUAUUUUCGCCACAAAUAAUAGCAUUGCAUAACCUACUGGGAUCCGUGAAGCUAUUGACAUCUACAAUGGCAUUUAUAGACACUAUAAGGAUAUUCCAGGUCAGCAGACUAGCCUGGAGUUCAGAACUUAAGGUCUACACCCGUAACAGAAGCCAUAUCUAUUAUACUGAGUAACGUUGUAUAAUCAACCGCAGUUACUGGAGCAAUCUGAAAUCUACCAGCUUAUUAUAAAACUUUGGGACAUUCAGGGUCAUCCAAACUGUUCUGUAAUGAAGUUCUUCAAAUCUACAAGAAUAACUUAAUGUGUUUUCAUCAUUAAUAAUAGCAUUGCAUAAUCUGCUGGGAUCCGCGAAGCUCUUGACAUCUCAAAUGUCAUUUAUAGACACUACAGGGAUAUUCCAGGUCAGCCAAACUACCUUAGAGUUCAGGACUUCAGGUCUACACAAGUAACAACAGAUAUAUCUGCCAUACUGAGUAACGUUGUAUAUUUAUCCGUGGCUACUGGAGCAAUCUGAAGUCUACAAGCUUAUUAUAAACCUUUGGGACAUUCAGGUUUGUCCAAACUGUUCUAUAAUGAAGUCCUUCAAAUCUACAAGAAUAACUUUAUGUGUUUUCGUCAUAAAUAAUAGUAUUGCAUAAUCUGCUGGGAUUCGCUAAGCUCUUGAAAUCUCGAAUGUCAUUUAAAUACACUACAAGGAUAUUCCAGGUCAGCCAAACUAACUUGGAGUUUAGGACUUUAGGUCUAUACUCGUAAAAACAGCCAUGUCUGCUAUACUGAGUAACGUUGCAUAUUUAUCCUUGGUUACUGAACCAAUCUGAAGACUACUUGGUAUUAUUGUAAACCUUUGCGACAUUCAGCGUCCUCCAAACUGCCCUGUAAUGAAGUCCUUCAAAUCCACAAGUAUAAAUUUAUGUGUUUCCGCCAUAAAUAAUAGCAUAGCAUAAUCUGCUGAGAUCCGUGAAGCUCCUAAAUCUCAAAUGUCAUUUGGAGACACUAUGGGAAUGUUCCAGGUCAGCCAAACUAUCUUUGAGUUCAGAACUUCAGGUUUACACUCGUAAUAUCAGCUAUAUCUGACAUACUGAGUAACGUUUCAUAAUCAAUAUCGGCGACUGGAUCAACCUGAAGUCUACUAUAUACGAUUAUUAACCCUUGGGGCAUUGAGGGUCGUCCAAACUAUCCUGAAGUUUAGCUCUUGAUAGUAACAGUAGUUAUUCUUACAAUGAACUUAAGACUGUAAUCUGUAAUUCCCCUGACAUAUCAUGAGAGCUUUCAAGAUAGUUUUGAGAUAUUCCAGAUCACUAACACUACUACCCAGUCAACCAGUAAUCGUAUAUGAUGUUGCAUAAGAUGAUAAAGUGGAGGCCAUAUGCGUGCAUGCCUCCAUUUAGGCGCAUGUAAAAUGCACGCAUAUCGCCUCCACUUUAACAUCUUAUGCAGUAUCUUAUACGAUCUUUGGUUGACUGGGUACUGAGUUCAAAGCUUCAGGUCUAUACUUGUGAUAAUAGCUUUUUGCAACUUCUCAUCGUAAUAGGCCAUUUUACCUCACGCAAAUCUGACAGGAGAAGGCCUACUUUCCCACACCAAAUUAACAGUGCUGUAAUGGUUCAUUACAGCACUGAUUUGCUUUCUGGACGCAGGUUUGAAAAAUUGUGACAACUGUACAGUAUAACCUGCUAUGAUCAGACUUCCUUAAUCAUGGCUAUGAACACCAGUGUGCAGUCUGAUGAAAAAGUUUAGUUAAAAACUAUCCUAAAGUGGUAAUUUAUGAAGGUGCAAAAAACGUUGUACGCAACUCGGUGCAGAACUCGAUUUUUACAGCACCCGUCGUAAUUAUCCAACUCGGCAAGCCUCGUUGGAUAAAUGUACGACUCGUGCUGUAAAAAAUCUUCAUUCUGCACCUUGUUGCGUAAACUACUAUUUGCCACUACGUUAAGUAGUGUUAUAUAAUCCAUUAAACUCACCAAAGCAGCUACGUUGUUAUAUAUGUUAUGAAGCUUAGUUGAUAAAAACAACCACUGUAACUUUGAAGACAUACUGGACAUGCUAGAUUACAAAUCGUAGUUUUUAUAAUGAAAAAAGUUACCGUUACACCUGUAGACCUUAUGAUCUAAUCUCAAUAACAGUUUGGAUAACCUACCCAAGCAACACACAUGCCAUAUUAAAGUUACGGCAGCGCAAGUUUUGGUUGUAUAAAAGUUAUUUUGACGUUAUUUUAACAUUAUGUUAAAAUUACGUCAAAUUUACUUCUAUACAACCAAAACUUGCUUGGGUAUGAUAACCUGAGAGAUCUGAUACUGUCAAUUAACCUUUAAGAAGACUUACUGGACAUGAUAGAUUACAAUUUGUAGCUUUGUAUAAUGAAAGAAGUUGCCGUUACACCCGAAGACUUUAGGAUCUAAACUCAAGAACAGUUUUGAUGACCUAGCGUAUCCUGAAAAAAAUAUUUUGUAUCAUAUUCUACCCUUUUUAUGCUAUUGACCACCAAAACUACAAAAAACCUAGAAACAACUCUAUAAUAAUGCUUGAAAAAAAUCCGGCUUCAAAGAACACUAAACUGAGAUGCAGGCUUUGUCCUAGUCAAUUUAGAUAGUAGUCUCGCCUGAUGCCGCAUCACCAGGUAACAUUUAUCGUAGCUUCCAAUCCAGAUAAGUAUGGGAGCGCUGAUAACUAUUCUAGAUCCGUUUAAUCCAGUGAAGCUGAAGUCAAUACCAGGGUAAAUUAAAUUACAUCUUUUCUAUAACUAACCUUCCGAUCGACCGUGCGUUGCGUGGGUAAAAAUAAUACACGCAUAUUGUGGCAGAAUUAUAUCAAUUCCAAUCAACGAUUAGGUACAUAUGUAUUUACCACAAACUAAACUCCUAUGAUUUUCGUUCCAACCCAGAAUCGAGUCCGUCCGUUUUCCAGCGAAAGCAUCAUCGAUUUCCUAGUUUAUCUGCCCAUUCAGUCGACUGGUCGGCUGGCCCAUACCUACCUAUCUAUUUGACUGAGCGAAGCGAUGAUGUUCCUAUUCAUACUCAGCGACCUGUAAGUAGAUUACAGACAUCGAUGAAAGCGCUUUCGCCCUUUCCCAUUCCGCUUGCAUGGGAAGGGCGGCAGCGAGCUACGUUGGUUUGGGAUACUGCUCGUUCGUCUCGUAAAAUUACAACCACAGAGCGGGGGAGUUCGUUUCCCACGUGUUUGGGGUGGCCAGUUAGUUGAAUUUGUACCUUAGGAUUUUCUAACUAUUUGUUAACUUAUUAAUUUAAUCUGGAAUAAUUUCUCAAAUCCUGGAAAACAAAGAAUUUUUUAAAAAUGGGUAAUUCUGGGAUAUGCAUUACAAAAACAUUUUCAAAACCUAUCACAUUUUACUUUGCACAAUUUUGCAAUUGGUCACCCUACAAUUGUACCUGAUUUCAUUUAUGGCGUGGGCAGCGUGCGAACUGCAAUGCGAAUUUUCCGGUUCGAAACCAACUUCAUCAACAGCUUCAUUCGCCACAACUUCGUUCCUAUUUUAGGGAUUCAUUUCACUCCUCGGUAAAGCACAUAAAUAAAUAAAUUGCGAAAAUGUAAUCUCGACUUCAAUAAACAGCGAAUAGUCGUCCACAUCGAUUGAAGCAGCGACUGAACGGAGGAAAAUGGUCUCGGUCUCGUUCGACCCUUCCCCUGAAAAGGGUGCCAAACUUUAAUCUAUACGCGCACACACACACAUACACGUAUCUCUAUCCUUCCCAGAAUCUAGGCCGACGCGACCCCGAAACGCAACCAUGAAUUAUCAUCGCUUUGAAAGCAUCCUAGCCGCAAGCCCCCGGCCGCAACCACGGCGACCGUCCAGCAGCGCCGAUGUCCAUCCGACGGCGGUGGUGGCGGAAAGUGACGAUAAUGACGGCAGCAGUAUCCAGCAACAACCGCAACAACCCUUCCGGCGCACUCACUCGAUGCGGGCCUCAUUUACCUCGUUGCGGAGUUUGAAAACGCGCCUCAAACAUCCGGUGGUCAGUGGCUACUCAUCCGGCGGUAGCACCCGAUACACUCCGCUCGUAUCCGUGUCCCCUUGCAGGGGACCCAGUCCCCACCAGAAAGACCAUUCGACGUCGACGACGACGACGACAACAACCCUAACCACGGCGGCAGCCGCAGCUGCCAAGGCCAACCUGAAAGCCAAACUGCUCCGGCUGAAAGAGUCCUACGCCGAGUUUCGACGGAUGCAAUCCCGAAGCGGCAAGCAGGAUGACGUGACCACCGCAACCGCAUCCGCUGCAACCAUCAUCGGAAGCGAUAACUUCAAGGUACCGGAAAAUAUGCCUCCGAAAGCGGCGGCCCUCCUACUGGAAGGGGCUCCCCGUAGUCGGGUCAAGAGGUCACAAUCGCUGCGCUGUGGUGGGGAUGCGGCCGAUCGGUACGGAGUCACUAUUGGGAGUCGACCGGAAGCGGUGGAAGGAUCACCGCAGAAGAAAUCGCCGGGUAAAGAUGGUGCGGGGAGUAGGUUGACGGUGAAGCGAUUGAGUCUGAAGAUGGGUGUGACCAGGAGGCCGGAAUUUGUUCCAGAGUCAAAGCAGUCCGAAAACGUUGACGAGAGUAGCGGCAACUCGGUGGUAAUACGGACGGCUACCAUCAGAAGGAGUUCCGUCUGGGCCAAUAGCAGUAGCAGCAAGAUCAGCCUACCGGACGUGGUGUCCCGGUCCCUGUCGAGCGUCGGCCUCCCGGACUGCACCGUCAUUUGUCCACCAUCCAUCCGGUCCGGGUCAGCCUCACCCCAAUCAAACCGAGCCUCCAGCCGACGAACUCCAUCGCCCAAGAAGCAGAAUGGCUCGGCUCUAGACAUUGCAACGAUUGAAUCACCACCCCAACCGUCGUCACUUUCCCCCUCCCCGUCAAUCCUCACCGCGCCACCGUUCCUCUACUUCGAGCAUGAACGGCCGCUCGCCAGCCACCUGGACCGCAUGACCAGCGCCAGUUCGCCGAAUCUCAGCUCGGUUCAAGCGAAAAAGAUGGAAUACCUGCUGCCCCACCAGCAGCACCCGCCCGGAUCUCAACCGCCGGCGCCACCCUCCAAGCGCCAGAUUUCCCCAAAGAUUCCAAAGAAAACGCGCCAUCUCUCGACGAGCUCGGCCGACGGCGACCCGGCAGACGGCGGCGGCAGUGUGCCCAAACCCACCCUGAACCUGCGGAUUGCCAGCCUGGUGGAGACGAACAAUCACAAAAACUACACCAAUGGCAACGGGAGCAAUGGAGGCGGUGGAAUCGACGUCCUGGCCAAACAGGAACCGGCGGCCAUCAACAACAAUCAUCCGCACCCGGGCCCCUACUGGAAGCACAAAAUCACCAAAAAGCAAAGCAAAAUGGCCCAAGCGCAGCUGGACAAGCUGACACAAAUUAAUAUCCAUUUGCACGCACUCUUCGCGGCCGUCGAGCAUGGUCACCUGGAGAAGGCCCGUACCAUUCUGGAGAGCACCGACGUCGAUGUGAACAGUCUGAACAGCGACGGUCUUUCACCGCUGGACGUGGCCGUUCUCAGCAAUAACCGCUCGAUGACAAAGAUGCUACUGCAACAGGGUGCCAUCGAGAAUGCCCAUACGAUUCAAGCGGCUGCCAACAACGUCGGGCUGCAUCUGAAUAACUUGCUGUGCGAAGCGGAAGCCACCAUCCACGAGCUGGGGAAUUUCGAAUCGGGCCAGCAUCACGGGAGCCAGCCGGGCGGGGCUGGAGGAGGCCCCGGGGGAGGCGGCGGCACAGGAGGAACCAGCGGGAAGACGUCCUUCACCAACAUCAUAGGAAGCGGCGGCCCCUCGGUGACCAGUUGUACCGGAAGCGAAAUCGACAAACAGGUCGGCCUAUGGGAACGACGGGUCAAAGGCCUCCGCCGGAUGAUACUGGGCUGGGACCAAACGAAACCACCCGACCUGCCCAAUCGGAUAGACAUCGACGUGGCCGGGUGUACCUCGGUCAGCCUGCGGCUUUACGAACCCCUCGAAGGUGCCAUAUCAACCAAAUUCAAAGUGCAAUGGUCUUCCCGAUCGGACUUUAGCAACGUGGUCGGCGAGCGGGAGGUCAGCGAGUGGACCAGCUUUCACGGGUGCAUGGGUGCGGUGUGCAAUCUGAGCGAACUGAUCCAAGGUCGGAGGUACUUCUUCCGGGCUUGCGCCGGCAACAUCAAAGGUUGGGGACCAUACAAACUGUCCACGCCGAACUGUGUGGUGCCAUCUAGCUGGCGCGAUGUGGAAAGCCGCGAAAAUCGGUUCGCCGGCAAGCAGCGCAAUCUGGACGACCUGUUCAAUGCCGUUCGGUUGGCACGGCCGGAGGACGCUUCCGAAAUCGCCCUGGAUGCCACGGCGCCGGCCAAACGAGCCAUCAAGAAGAAAACCACCAUCAAACAGCUCUUUUCGGCGGCGUCAAAGUUCCAAAAAAAUCUCAAACGGGGCAUCUAUCUGGCGUGUGUGCUCUACCACGAGGACAAACUGCUGCUCACCAACGAGGACUUUGUGCCGGUGAUAGAGAUUGACGAAACGUUCACCAGCAACCUGCACACCGAUUUCUACUGGCUGAUGAAGGUGGCCUGCACGUGGGACGACGUGAAGCUCCUGCGGAUGGACAUGGAACGGAACGCCUCAUCGGCGAUCCACUUCCGCACCAAGCUGCUGUCGGCCGCGUGUCAGAUGCAAUCCGCCCUCUCCAUUACGGAUCUAGGUCAAUUAUACUACAAACCGCUGCGCGACGUGCACGGUACGGUGGUGCUAUCCUGUGUUAACUGCAUAAAGAGUCCGAAAAGCGUUUCGGUGCUAAACUCCCGUUGGAUUCCGCUAAACAAAAUCCACAAGAAGCUGGCGCUUUCGACCGAGGACAGCAGCAUCAACGAGCUGCUAAUGAACUCCAUUCAGGACCAGAUCAACUACCACCAGGUGUCCAACAUCCGGUUGCCGCGGGGUCUGUACGUUGGCUAUCUGAAGAUGCAGAGCUCGGUGGACGUGAUCCAGGUGGUGGUCCCGGUCAAGGCGCCGAACGUUCUUCCGCACUGCAAGAUCCGAGACAAUCCGCACGUGUCGGCCGAAGAAUGGGAGCUCAUCAAGCAGCACAAAACGCCCAGCAUCCUGGAGUUCCGACCGAAGAACCAAGGCCCAACGGAAGUCCAGCUACAUUUCUUGGAAAUUCUCACCAAAGCCGUGCACAACCUGUUCCAGUACAUGGACAUCCCGGUGGACGUGGCCGUAGCGCACCGACUGUACGACAUCGAGGUGAUUGAGCUGAACAACGACGUAAGUUUCCUGAUCAUCUGCCCGCCGGCGGAAAGCAGCUGCGCCGUUCCCGGACAGAAGGACAUCCUGCUGCAACGGGGCGAUUUGUUUUCCAUGCCCAUUCAGGCGUUCGAGAUGAUCCACUUGAAGUCCUACCAGAGCAGUAUAGUUCAGAAGUACUCCAGGUUGUCGUGUAUUCUGGAGCUGGAUACUAUGAUGGCUAACCAUCUGCAUAGGGAGGCGUUUAGUACUUCGGAAUUGCAAAAGGCGAAAGAUCGGUUAGCCAAACUUCAGGAUUUGUCUACGGGAUUGAACACGGUUUGGAAGGGGGUCCGGUGGUUGAUGGACGUUAUUGGGUACGCUAGGGAUAGGGCCAAUAUGCCGGAAUUGAACAUGAAGCAGAUCUUGGACUACAAAAGUACGUAUUUCGGAAAGAAAGGUGCAGAGAAGAAAGGUGGAAGCGAAACGCAGCUGUUGCAACCACCGACUAAUCCACCGGUGUUUCACAAGAGUAGUCCUGGAAGGGGUUCUUGGCCUGGACCUGCCGUUGAAUACCCGUUGGGUCAUAACGGCCUGUUGGACGCAGAGCAUUCCAAGUCCGAGCAACUGCUAAAGUACAAUAGUCAAAGAUUCCUCAACGUAAGCAAUAUGAACUCGCGGAAGAACAGUGCCGAUUCGGCCUACUCGAACUCCGCGAAUAGUUACUACUCGGUGACCGAGGUCGAACCCGAGAAGGAAUUCGUAACUCCAAGGCUACCGCCAUCUAGGUCGGAAGAUACGCUGGUGGAUAAAAAGAAGUCUUCCGAACAAUCUAGCGCGAGUAAAAAGCGACCUCCAACGAUGUAUUCCAGCUAUUCGGCAACGUCUAGCCCGCUGUUGAGUGUUCGUACGCCCUUCGUGGCCACCAUAGCCAGCGUAACGAAAACUUCCAGUUCCGGAGAAGACACCGAGAACCGAACUGUCAUACCUGCCCCUUUGAAAGUUAGCAAGAAACCCCGCGACCAAGCAUUAAAGACGCUCAACCAAAUCGAACCCGACUAUGAACCGAUAGUUACGACGUACCUAAAGCCGACCUUGACCGCCCUACAGAACGAAGCGAAAGGUUUCCAAACGGCCCUGCACAUUGCCGAAGAACCCCAGGGUCCUCUACAGCAACUUCCACCGGACGUGCUGGAUCACCGAACCAUGGCGGCAUCCACCGCCGUACCGGACCUUGCUCAAUCCUCCCAACGACGACCGACCGUAUCGCCGAAUCCUGCGGAACCGGCCCCCACCAGUGAAGGGAACCCUCCGGCGGAACCCAGCACCCCGCUACAAACCAGUAUCGUCCAGGUGUACGCCGCCUACGAGACGGGCCUUCCGAGCGGAACUUCCCUGAAACUGCGCGUAACGCAGAAGACUACGGCGCGGGAGGUGAUCGAUCUGGUCGUCAAACAGCUCAACAUGGCAGUGGUGCUCAAGGGGAAGGACGGUCCCAUCUACGCCGCCGACAAGCUGGACAACUUCUGCUUGGUGGCCGUGAUAGGGGCGAGGGAACGCUGCCUACGGGACGACUUCCGGCCGUUGCAGCUGCAGAACCCCUGGAAGAAGGGCCGGCUGUACGUGCGGCAGAAACAUGAUCUCCUAGCGGCAAUCGAACAUUCCAACCGGGAUAUGGCGGAAAUCUAGUGAUAGCGAGUGCGUACCGGUGUGUGUGAGAUUGUGUGAUUUUUCCGGAAUUUUCAAUGCGUGCGCCCGUGUGUUAGAGUUAGGGACAAAAUUACGCGGACUUGGGGUCCUGAAGGUAAUAGGGAACGGGGCAGCUCGAUGUUGACUUAGAAGAAAUGUAUUUCUAGGGCAAUCUUACGGGUAACCGUGCGCACGACUUUCUAGAAGAAAUGCUACGAAUAAGCUCUUGAAGGAAUUGCUGGACGAAUUUUUAAAGAAGCUGCAAUAAAUUGCCACAAAAAUCCUGAAAGAUAUUUUCAUACAGAUUCUUUGUUAUAAAGACAUUACACCGUCUUCGGCCAGAGACCGCAAAGACUGAACAUUCACUAACAUUAGACAACGGACAGCACAAGGAAAGGACGGUAUUCGUGUUUUGUUUGUUGUGUCCUUGGGUACGAAAGUAACCCCGUUGUCUUGAUUCGGUCAAAAAUUCGUUGAGCCCUCGUGUUGCUUCAACAGAGGAAGCAGACGCUUCUGUAGACACUCCUUGGAUUGAAUCUCCCCGUGCACAGUCCCGGUAGUCAUGAACGGCUUACUCAGUUCACCACAUAAGCAGAUCCUUUAUCAAAUCAUGUAUUUCUUGGCAAAUUUUGAGUUUCUGCAUUCUUACUUCCUCCGGAACAUCAAACUGGUGCUGGGCGGUAAAGAAAAGUAGCCCCGGAGGCUGCCGGGAGUUUAAAAAUCACCACUACUUUGACUGCACGAUUCCGAGUUGUUUUUCGAUGUCGAUUUCUAGGCGCCAUUUAGUCCAAUUUUCGAAUAUACAGUGUGUCGUGUCCGAAACGAGUGGAAUCCAUUUCCAGGCCUCAAAACUGUUUGGGGUUGGUUCUUUCGGCCAAUUUCCACCGCGAAAUAUUUAAAAACAAGAUUGUUUCCGUCGAAAUAAUUCACAAGACUGAUUUAUUAGUUCUGUUUACCUGCCUUCUACCCUGCGUCUUCAUGUCAACCCCGUUAUUCUUUCUUUCAACUUCUACCUUUCUCGCAUUUUCCAGUACCUCUUAUAUUCGCUACACAGUGUAAUACAGUUUUUCUUUUUGAACCUGGAUCUGGGUUGGAACUGAAUCGGCGGUAAACGUGUAAACAAACAAACGUCAAACAGCUGGAUAAAAAAACGGGACAAGUAAACAUUACACUCUAAACUGCUUCUACCCAAAUUUUCAAGAGAAAGUACCCAAUGGGUAGUUUUCUACAGCGUUUUUUGUGAUAUAAAUAAUUUGGCGUGGGACAUUCUUUACAAAUCGCCAUCGCUUCUCUUCCGUUCUUAUUGCGUUCAAGGCCCAAGUCGUUCCAUGUAUAGAAUAAACUAAACUGAAGAUUUGAAGAUAAAUGAAUAAUGAAAGACACCGAUGUGAUAGAACCUUUUUUAAGAACCAACCGCCUUGGUUUCGCCGAAAGAGGGCUCUUUAU